AUGGCGCGUAGCGAUAACAACUGGCCGGUGACCAAAAUAGAAGCGAUAAAUUCUAAAACGGCAGCGACGCCGGGGCGGGCUCCAAAAACACGGGUAGAUUGCCUUUCGCCCGCAAUUUGCUCCACGCUCCGUACAAACCAUCGAGUUAACAUAUUAGCGCCGAAGCAGGGCACUUUGGCGGGAAAGCGUAAAGCCGAAGGCGGGAAAACAUUGCCCGAAGGAAAUUACGAUUUCCACGGCAACGCUUGUGCGCCCACCAUAGUGCGGCAACGCCAGUUUAUCGGAAAACGUUCGAAACACAACCCUGUCAGUGAAAUACCAUGUGUGGUGACUAAAAUAAAACCUUCACCAUUCAACAGCGAUUUGAAUCGCAGGAAAAGUUGCUUGCACGAGACUCGAACGGUGAUCGAGAGCUUAGGCGGGCGGUGCUACCGCACGGGACGAGAAUGGCGCGGACAGGACGCUGACUCGGGCCAGCCUCUAAGGACUCUGGGAUUGUGCUGUGCCACUGUGAUUGUGUGGGGGGGCGGGGGAGGGGGCGGCGCGGGAGUCACCCGCGAUCUCUGCGACGGCGCGGUGCGCGCACACGCUCGCUGCAAACGGGGCCGCGUCUCCACCGUGACCAGGACAGCCGGCCCGAAGCGGCCGCCGCCCGCAAUGCUGCACUCGCUGAACGCUCUCGCCGGCAAGAUAUCGCCGGGCGGCGGCCUGGACACGAACGCGAACCGACACACGCACCCGAACCGGAACCACGGCCACAAGGCGGCGUCGCCGUCUUCGCCCUACACGAAGCCGAAUGGGAUGACAAUGAACAUCAACAAUAACAACAACAACAACAGCAUAAACAAUAACAUCAACAACAAUGACGAGAAGUCCGAGAUGCCAGAUCCGGAUUAUAUUAAGAUGUUCGUGGGCCAAGUGCCGCGCAGCAUGGACGAGAACGACCUGCGCCAGAUGUUCGAGGAGUUCGGCCGCGUGCACCAGAUCAACGUGCUGCGGGACAAGAUCACCGGCGCGAGCAAAGGGUGCUGUUUUGUGACGUUUUUCACGCGCAAAGCGGCAUUGAAAGCGCAGGACGCUUUGCACAAUAUCAAAACGCUAAGCGGGAUGCACCAUCCUAUCCAGAUGAAACCGGCUGACAGCGAGAACAGAAACGCGCUGCGGUUCGAAGAGCUCAAUUUCGCGCCGCGAAAGCCGACCCGCGCCGAGCGAGUG